AUGCCACUUUUUGGCUGGAUGAAAUGGUCAAAAAAUGAUUCCUACAAACCCACAAGAUAUCCUGGAUCAGAAGUAGUUACAAAAACCCUACUGAGGGAAUUGAAAUGGCACCUGAAAGAGCGUGAAAGAUUAGUGCAAGAGAUUGAAAAUGAACAAAAAGUCCAAAAGACUGGUAUGGAUUACAACUGGCUGAAGAACUACCAAAACCCUCAAGCAACAAUUCCAGCUACUGAGCAACGACAGCUCGAAGUUCUGUGUUCACAAAUCCAGCCUUGCCAAACGGGAACUGUUCUCAGCAGAUUUCGUGAAGUUUUGGCAGAAAACGAUGUUUUACCUUGGCAAAUAGUCUACAUAUUUAAGCAAGUUUUAAAAGAUUUUCUUACUACCACUGAGAGAGAAAACCAACAAGACCAACUGGUAGAUGCAUGGAAUACAAACUGCUCUGAACAUUUCAGCCUGCGUGGAGACAGUUCUAACAAAUCGGACAAAGAUGAAAUCCCCACGGUUUCAAGUUAUGUCGACAAAACCACACAAAGCAUGUUUCCCACCUUCUCUCAUAGAAUCUGGAAUCUACCCUAUUACUACCCAUCAAGUUAA